GAAGUGGUUAUGCCAGGUUGUGAGUAUUUCUACCAGGUCCUGAAUGUGCAGAGCAGCAGUUUUUCUGAUAACACUUGUUAGUCAUUUACAGUCUAGCGUUAACUUAGUACACAUUCAUAGUAACUCUAAACCAUGGCCCAUUACGAAGAAGUAAAUGUGCGCGGGUAUGCUGAAUUCUGUCAGGCUGUGUCUGAAAGAAAGGGAAAGGAUAUUUUUGCUUAUUUCUCUGGUGAUAAAGACGCCCAAGGGAAGAGCUGGUGUCCAGAUUGUGUGAAAGCUGAGCCAGUUGUAAGAGGAGAGAUGACUCAUCUUCCCGAGGGUUCUGUCUUCAUCUACUGUCAAGUUGGAGAAAGAGCUUAUUGGAAGGAUCCAAAUAAUGACUUCAAGAAGACUCUGAAGUUGAGUGGAGUUCCCACCCUACUGAGAUAUGGCACGGUAACAAGAACUACAAUUGGAAUUUGCUUGUUUUAUCUUAAAUCUUAA